CUUCGUGUUAUACACUGUUCCUUACACUUACCACAUCGUCUUUAGUUUUCAUGCCAAUGUGAGAAAAAACUACUAGUCCCAGAAUUCUCUAUUCACUGGCGUUAAGGUGUUGCUCGGCGACAAGGACGUCGUGAUGCAAGACGUUGUUGUUGUUAUUGCGGCCGCCUGGUAAGUAGGCAAAGAUGGCGGCUCACUGGAGCAGCGAGAACGUGGUGGUAGAAUUUCGGGAUUCGCAGGCAACUGCUAUGUCAGUCGAUUGCCAAGGACAGCUUGCUGUACUUUCUGGGAGGCGCUUUCUUUAUAUUGUGAAUUUAGAGACCCCAACAGAUGGCCACCGAAAGAUUUCUCGGCAAAGCAAAUGGGACAUUGGUACUGUUCAGUGGAAUCCCCAUGAAAGCUAUGCUCACUUUUUUGCUGCUUCUAGUAACCAACGUGUAGAUCUUUAUCAGUGGAAGGAUGGCACUGGGGAUAUUAACACGUCUUUGCAAGGUCACACACGAGUUAUCAGUGAUCUGGACUGGUCUGUGUUUGAACCGGAUGUACUAGUCACUAGCUCCAUUGACACCUACAUUUAUAUUUGGGACAUCAAAGACACCAGAAAGCCUGCAGUGUCCUUGUCUGCAGUGGCUGGGGCAUCACAGGUUAAGUGGAACAAAAAAAACUCUAACUGCCUCGCAACAAGCCAUGAUGGUGAUGUUAGGAUUUGGGAUCGAAGGAAACCCAGCACUGCAGUGGAAUAUAUUGCUGCCCACUUGUAUAAAAUUCACGGACUAGACUGGCAUCCGGACAGCGAAUAUAUCCUGGCAACCUCCAGCCAAGAUAACUCUGUUAAGUUCUGGGAUUCCCGGCAGCCACGAAAGUGUCUCAAUGUGUUAGCCUGUCAGGUGCCAGUAUGGAAGGCACGUUACACGCCCUUCAACAAUGGCCUUGUUACAGUCAUGGUACCACAGCUACGAAGGGAGAACAGCCUGCUGCUCUGGAAUGUGUAUGAUCUUCAUUCUCCAGUUCACAUUUUUGUUGGACAUGAUGAUGUUGUCCUUGAAUUCCAAUGGCGGAAACAGAAAGAAGCACUGAAAGACUAUCAGCUGGUGACCUGGUCACGGGAUCAGACACUACGCAUGUGGAGAGUGGAUGCCCAGCUGCAAAGGUUAUGCGCUAAUGACAUCAUGGAUCCAGUAGAUGAACUUAUGGAUGGUUUAUCUUUGAUGCCUGAACAAGAGAAGUCUCUGCAACCACAGGAACAAAUCUCAGGCCAUUCCGAGGAAGAUGCUGCUUUUGGUGAGGAAUCUCCCACAACUCCUAUGAUUCUGGGAACCUCUGAGCAACUGGGCCUUCCACAGACACUGCAGCAAGAGUUCUCCUUGAUUAAUGUGCAUAUACGUAAUGUCAACAUUGAGAUGGAUGCAAUGAACCGAAGCUGCACUGUCUCCGUGCAUUGUGGGAAUCAUAGAGUGAGGAUGUUGGUUAUGUUCCCUGUUCAGUAUCCCAACAAUGCAGCACCCUCUUUUCAGUUUGUCACUCCAACAACCAUAUCUUCUGCCAUGAAAGCCAAGCUGCUAAAGAUUCUGAAGGACACAUCGCUGCAAAAAGUGAAACGCAAUCAAAGCUGCUUGGAACCCUGUCUACGCCAACUCGUUUCCUGUCUGGAAAGCUUUGUGAACCAGGAAUCAAGCCCUUCAAGCAGCCCCUACAAUCUACAGGGUCCAAUCACUCCACCAUUGCCAACUUUUGCCCGUGUGCCUAAUGCCUAUGGGUCAUACCAGGAUGCCAAUAUCCCCUUUCCAAGAACUUCUGGUGCCCGUUUCUGUGGUGCAGGUUACCUUGUAUAUUUUACAAGACCGAUGACCAUGCACCGUGCAGUGUCCCCUACAGAGCCUACGCCAAGAUCCCUAUCUGCCCUCUCUGCUUAUCACACUGGAGUGAUGGCGCCCAUGAAUAUUCGAACAGAGACUCCAGGAAACCUUCGUAUAUACAGUGGGAGUCCAACUCGCAGUGAGAAGGAGCAAGUUUCCAUUAGUUCAUUUUAUUACAAAGAAAGGACGCCCCCCCUGUCUGCUCGCAGGCGAUGGUCCAUCCAAGUGAUUAACGACUUCCCGAAAUCUCGGAGGUGGAAAUCCAAGCGUGAAAACAGCGACGCAAACUCUCGGCCAAUCAAAGCAGCUGGCAAAGUUAUAAUCCAGGACAUCUCAUGCCUGCUGACUGUACACAAGGCCCUGGGAGAGCUGUACAUCCUCAACCACCGUGACCUCCAAGAGAUGUGUCAGAAAAAUGCAACUGCUGCACUGAGUGUGGGGCGCAGAGAUCUAGUGCAGGUCUGGGCUCUUGCUGCUGCUGCUAAUGAUGUAUGUCUGAGCCCCAAGUCUGAUCCUGAUGCGGAGACCCCAUGGGCGCGUCACCCGUUUGGCCGGCAGCUUCUGGAAUCACUACUAGCUCAUUACUGCCAUUUGCAUGAUGUUCAAACACUGGCCAUGUUGUGCAGUGUGUUUGAUGCCCAGUUUCUCUCUCAAGGAGGUGGACAAACAACUUGCCCAACAUUUCCUUCACGCUCAGCCCACAGCCGAUAUCCCAGUUUUACAUCCUCCGGGUCAGGUUCCAGUAUGUCUGAUCCUGGAUUUAGCAAUAGCGGCUGGACAAUUGGGACUCAAGAUAUUGACCAUGGGGCUUCAUGGGGAGAAGCAUCUCCAGAUGAAUAUCGAUACUGUAACAUAAAUUAUGUGGAUCCACGGGAACGGGAGAGAGAUCAGCAUGACAAGAACAAACGGUUGCUGGACCCCGCCAAUGCCCAGCAAUUUGAUGACUUUAAGAAGUGUUACGGAGAAAUCUUGUACCGCUGGGGUCUUCAGGAGAAACGUGCUGAAGUGUUAAAGUUUGUUUCUUGCCCCCCUGAGCCUCAUCGAGGCAUAGAAUUUGGAGUGUAUUGCAGUCACUGCCGCAGUGAGGUACGUGGAACACAGUGUGCAAUCUGCAAGGGCUUCACUUUUCAGUGUGCCAUUUGUCACGUGGCAGUCCGAGGAUCGUCUAAUUUCUGCUUAAGCUGUGGACAUGGGGGGCACACCGCACACAUGUUGGAGUGGUUUAGCACACAAGAAGUCUGCCCAACUGGCUGUGGGUGCCAUUGCCUACUAGAAAGCACGUUCUGAUGAUUAAAUUGUGUUAAGAAAUGCUGCCUGCUGCAGCCGACCAGCCUAAUGUACAUUUACAAGUUAUAGCAGGAAGUGCACCAGGAAGUGGGCUGGUAACUGGUUUAUAAAAAAGCACGUUUCACAGAGACACUCUAGCCAAUACAUCAUAGGCUGGCUGUUUUCUUAUGGGAAGGCUGCUGUAAUGUGCACUGCCCAGAAAAGAGACUAUUGGGUAACAGACUACUGAGUUCUCAGAACUUAAGCCUUUAAGGACAUGCCCACCAUAACAGAUGAAGGAGCAAACUGGGUUUAUUUGUAAGGACAAAUACUGAAAGACUGUUAGAAAAACUAUUCCAAUAUGCAGCUGUAAAUAUAGGAAAAUGCUGUGUUUGAUCUUUUUUAUCCUUUCUGCUGCUAUCAUGAGUAUUCUGCAGUGUACGGACCCUCUUUAUUUUGACCCAACCUCAGUCACUUCAGAUUGGAUAUGUACACUUUCAUCCAGAGAAGCACUUAAUCUUAAAAGAUGGCUUGAUUAGACCAAAACCUGUGCUUUAUGGUUCAUCAUUGUGUCUAUGUAUCCUGUUUGUGUUCACACUGAAUAUCUGUAGUUAAUAUUUAACAUUAUAAAUGUGUAUCUAUUCUGCCUACCUCAUUUCACAAAAAGACUCCCAUUAUUGCAUAUGUUUUUAUGUGUAGUAAUUUUACAGCCAAAUGGUUCAGAAAUGGAUGAGGAUUAAUGCCAAGGUAAUAUUUGGUAAUGAUGGUGUCCAGUCUUGCAGGACCUUUAAUGGUGAUGUAGAGAAAUGCAGCUAUUCUGACACACAGGUUGCAAUGCGCCAUGGCACCAUGACCAGUAGGGUGCUAUGAAAAGGCUUGCACUUUAAAGGCAUAUUACUGUUUUAUUACUUCAAGAAAAAACACACAUAAAUAGUCAUUUGGUCAGAAUAGUAUUGUGACUGCUAAAGGCACCGCAGUCUCAUGUAUAUCUGAGGCAAACACAUCAUACUAGAACAGCUUUCACGCUCACUGGCCUGCCUUGCAGAGGUGGCAGGAACAUAAGUACCUAGAUGCACUUUUCAAUGUCAUUUAAGUGGAUUAAAACAAAAUCUAAACUUGUCUAAGAAGAGUUUAUACAAAUGUAACCCAAUGUUUCUGCAAUUGAAUUCUACUGCAUCACCAAUCGCUUUUGCUGUGUAAAUAAGAUUUCCGAUAACAAAAUGAUAAAUUAAAAUGCUAAAUGUUUAA